UUCAGUGUUACUGUUGGAGUUAUUUUAAAUAAGGUUAGGGUUUAUUUUGUUUGAUAAUAGAUUUGGUUUAAGCUGAAGGUCAGGCUGAGGAUUCAGGAAACUGAGGACAACAGAGCUGCCCUUGCUAAAUAUGCAACAUUUAUUUACCAAUAGUGUCCUUGUUCGGACUUUAUCAACCACCCUCUCCUGGUCUCACACAAGCUCUUUUGCUACCACAAAGAGAAAAAGUUAGCCAGUUGGACGUCUCACUCCAUCUAGUGGUUCCUCUAUGCCAUGAAGUUCAUUUAGGAUUCAGAGAUAGAAAAUGACACUGGGCAACUGCAUACAAGAGAGGGCACUCACUAGUUAAUAUGGAGAGUGGAGAGGAAGAAGGCUGUUGGAUUUGCAUUCGCAAUCUCUCCACCAUCCUCCCCUAGAUGAACACCUGAGAUUCACAGAUCGCUUAAACCCUGCAUUAAUCCUUGUGUCCAGCUGUGUCCAUGCACACUCUCCAUGGCCAGUUCAGCAUGGGUCUUUCAUAACGGAAAGGGUAAGUCUGCUCAUGCAUUAUAUGUUGACUUUAUUAUUUUAAGGAUGCAUGCAGUCAUUUCAUAGUCACCAAGAAGCAGGACAGAUCAGCUGUUACAAGAGAAAAUGAAUUUGCUUGAAUCAAUGAUUCUGACAAAGAAAAUGAUAAAGAUAGCAUGUCCUACUGCUUGGUUACUUGAUUAUUUGUCCCUUUUACUCCUACUGUGCAAUAUAAAGUGUACAUGCACACUUACAUUGCAUUUCUCCUCUUUUCUAGUUUGCUUCCAAAUCUAGCUGUUAAGUACACCUGGAAAUGUAUAUUACAAGCAUUGUUGGUUCCUUGACAAAUUGGUUUUGUUCCUCUUUUGUGAGUCACUUCAGAUAAAAGCAUAUUCAAAUGUAACUGCACAUUUCAGAGAAACAGUGGAAUUAAAAUCUGACAAGGUCACGCUGGCUUGACUUCAUCCUAGUACUAUCAGUUACUAAAAACACUGAAGCUUGAUGCUUAUUUCAAGGGUACGAGGACAAAGCACGGGAGUGGUCGCGUCCCAGUGAACCAUAACAAUGCCACAUUGAUCACACGCAUUGAUUUCCUGCUGUUUCAUUUCGAUCGGUGUCCAUACUGCAGAAAUGUAUAGCCAGGGUAACAUGUACACGCUCCCCUCAGCCAGCAUAGAAGUUAGUGUAUGCAGCACAAACCCACACAAUCAGUCGUUUCCUAAGGGACGCCGAGGUAGUGCGGCUGUGUCAGCACAUAUGCAAAUGCUUCUGUAUACUGGGGGACUUGGCAGUAGAGAGGUUCUGCGGCAGCUCAGGUGAUGACUGGGGCUUUUAUGCUCGCAGCUGGACUGGAGUAAGAAACAUUUGAUUUUGUUGUGUGUGUGUGUGUGGGGGGGGGUCAUUAUGUGUCAGGCUGGGGAGGUUUGUCAAUGGGAGAGUUAUUGCUGAACGUUCGCCGCCGUCUCGCUCUCGUCUCUUUCUUUCUCUAGGGCUCAGCAGGCAUGGAGCCUCUCAGCCAGCAGGUGCUGAUGGUUGUAACAGGGAGCUUCUUGGGCUUCCAGUGGCUGUUCCACAGAGUUAGCCCUUGGGUGUCUGAGAAGCUCUGCAAAGGCUUCCUGAGGCUCAGCCCUACACAAAGGACAGAGUGGAACUCCAGGGCUGUCUCAACAGUACAUGCCUUGGUUGUGGGACUUUUCUGUCUCUACAUAUAUAUCUUUGAUGAACCUAUCCAGAAAGACCCAGUCUGGGGAGAUGCCACACUGGUGAAGCUAAAUGUGGCCGUUACCUCAGGCUACCUAAUCUCAGAUCUCCUUCUCAUGUUUACUUCAUGGGAGUCUAUAGGAGAGAAAUAUUUUGUCAUACAUCAUUUUGCUGCUCUCUAUGCAUACUACUAUGUGCUGAGUCAAGGGAUAUUGCCUUACUUUGCUAAUUUCCGCCUGCUUUCAGAAUUCUCUACCCCCUUCGUGAACCAGCGUUGGUUUUUUCACAUGUUGGGCUACCACAAACUUUCCAAACCGAGUCUGGUUAAUGGUGUCGCCAUGGCAUUUACAUUCUUCUUGGUGAGGAUCGCAGUCAUUCCAGGCUACUACAGCCAUAUGUACACGGUCUUUGGUACGGAUGACUUCUACCGGUUACCUCUGGGGGGCCGCAGUGCCUGGGUUAUUUCCAGCAUGUCUUUGGAUGUUAUGAACAUCAUGUGGAUGCGCAGAAUCAUCCGCGGCUGUCUCAAAGUCCUUCGCUCGGCCUGGUUGAGAAAAACAGGAACUGAGAUGGAAACUAGAAAGACAGACUGACAUGGAGAUACAGACAGAAAAUGAACAUCAGCACACAAACCUUCCAUCUCUUUCAUGUCCAACCUGAUGCUGGAGUGCAAAUGCUAUGUAUAUGUUUUGUUAUUCCUGCUGCUGUAAUGCUGUGGCAUCAUAGUUGUGAGAAACCAUUUAUUGCAUUAAUAAUGACUGACAUGAUGUCAUCUUCAAAUAUGGGCUCAAUUGGAGGAAUUCAAUCACAGGCGCUCCUUUAUGUUUUAAGAAAUCAGGUGAUUAAGAGGCAUGAGACUGAUCACAUGUACAUUCAGGACAACAGUUGUGGUUGCACUAUUUAUUAUAAAGCUGCUAUUAUGAUCAACCAACUUGCCUUUAUGAAUGCAAUUAACAAAGCAACAGCACAUAUGAACUUCCACAAAGAUACACAGUGUGUGCCUGUAGACCAGCUUUUUGACUUUUUGACAAUAUGGAUAGGGUUAUGCAAAUAGAGGAAAUGGCCAUUAUAAAUGUAAUGGAAAUGUUAAAUGUAAUGAUUGUACAUUUAAUGAUUGCAUGAUUGCAUAUAUGGAGAACGCUAUGUAUGGAGAGUAUUAUAUAUGUCUGGAAUGGAAAAUGUAUCAGGUGAAACAAUAAUGUUAUAUAAUAGCCUAUGUGUUUCUGAAAAUCUAUAACUUGAUGCAGCCGUGUAUAAGCUUGUUGCUUGUAAUAUGUGGUUGGUUGGAUUUGGAAUAAUGACACUAUUAGCCUAUAUAAGCUUCAAUAAGGUAAGGCUUUUCAGGUUAUUUAUCAUUAUUUACUAAAUAGUUAUGUAUGCGGUUAAAAUCAACAAUGAUUCUUGAAAAAAGGUCCAACUGGAAUGAAUUUCUACAAGUUCUGUGAUGUCAAAAAUGCUCAUGUAAAUGACCGGAGAUGCGUGUUUCUGUGGUGUGACAAUAAUGUUUUAAUCUGAAU